GGUUGCGCCCACACACACACUUACCUACUCACACACACCGACUGACCAGACCAUCGCUUCGCGACCACCCUUGAUUUGUGCAAGAUCAUGAGCGGGGAUUAAGAGCGCAGAAUACGAUACAAUAGAUAUGCAAGCAGCGAACCCGCCCGAGCGCCUUCGCGCGGAUGCUUCCUCUUCGCUCCAACAGUCCUUAUCCUCAUCCUCGUCCUCACCCUCGCCGCCUCGCUCCAACCCUCCCACGUUGGCCACGAUUGCCAUAUCGUCCUUCGCUGCGUUCAGAUCUCAGACCUCAACUAACCCGGUACCGUCCCCUGUUCGCAGGAAGCCGUUGCCAGCCAACUCUCCAGUGGCAGGUCGAUUCGUCUCGGCUGAAUACAAUAAGAACCAGGUUGUAGAUAGAACCUCUCUUGGACGCACCUCCUCGUCUAAUAGUAAUAAUCCCGUCCUGUCCCCGUCUUUCGCAGCCGAAGACGACCUCUUCGUACCAAGGAACCUCGACGAGAAUCCUCACGGCCGAACACCAGUGUCUACAACCGCUCCAAAAGGGGCCUUUAUAUCGCGGAAGAGUUCACUAUCCUAUGCGAAGAACACCAGCACCACCAGUACAACCAGCACCUCGAACAACUACAAUAAUUAUACCUUCGCAGUAAAGAGUCCAAGGCAUGGUCGAUCAGUCAGCAACAGCGUUGAAUUGAAGAUACAGGUCGCUCCUUCCGCCAAAGGCUCACACAUUCGAUCCCCUACUAUGCCUAAUAUGCCCGUAUAUAAUCAAACUUCACAACAACCGCGUCCACCACUAAGACUGCAGUUGGACGGUGUCACAGAGGAUUACAUAGACGAGGACCCUUACGACAUCUCGCCAACCGAGGUACAACCACCCAAGCCAAAGUCGCCCGCUGGUGGUACUAAAUUCGGUUCCUUCUUCGGUUGGAACUCUUCGAAGCAACAGACCGGGCUUGAAUCGCCCACGACCCCCUUCUCAGACAGAUCCAUAUCCCCUGCAGCAUCACCGCGUUUCCCCAACGGCAACAUGGCAGUCAAAGCAAAACCCGCAGGGCUUGAUAUUCCCGUCGCCAACUCCUUCGGACAGUCCUCCUACUUCAAUGUCCCAGGUACUCCACUGCUUUCGAGCUCUCCCCAGAUGAAUGCGCAUGUGGAGGAACUGGAACGAGAACUUCGCGAAGUCAGCUCGGAAUUGGCCAACUCCAUACGAAGAGAAUUGGAACUUGAAGAUGAGGUCGAGCGGUAUAAGGCCGAGAGCGGUUCUUUCACUUCAGAAAACAGGAGGACUAGCGACUACUACUCAGACUCUGGAACUAGCUCCAUCAGGUUUCCCAUCACCGACACAGAAGGGAAACUAGAAGAGGUGGAAAUGCUCCGUCGCAAAGCAGAACAAGAACGAGCGCAAUUGAAGGUCCACAUGGCCGAGCGCCUGCAAGACGAAUUGAGACGUCGACGGGACCUGGAAGAGCAGGUGCAACAGCUUGAAGAUCGCGUCAGCACUGAGAGCAAAUCUACCACAGCCCCUACUGGCAAGGUCCGCGAACUCGAGAUUGCUGUGGACGACCUAAAAAGACGCUUGAGCGAAGAGAGACAGGCGAAAGAAAAUUUCGAAGACCUACUCUCCGUACUACGCGAACAGCUCGAACAGCAUCGCAACGAGGCAGACAACCUUCGCGACGAAGUCGUUCCACAGCUCAAGGCACGCCUUGAAGGACUGGAGUCUGAGGCCUCUCAGACCCAAAGCCUAAUAUACGAAAGCACGCGCAUGCAGCAAGAGAUUCAAACAUUGCGCAAUGAGAACCAGACACUGCAGAAUGCCCGCAGAAUGCAGCAAGAGAUCUCUCAACAGUCUACCCGUUUCCAAUCCAUCGCCGAAGACCCUGGAGCACCCUUACCAUCCGCUCCGAAGAUUGGCCUUUCACGAUCCAACUCCCUCGCCCGAAGUUCUUCCUUCAACCCCAAGCGAGGGUCACUAUCUCGAUCCAACUCUGUCAAAGAUCGAUCUGUUCCUGUAUCACCUCAAGAGCAGCACGUCGCCGGCAACCCCGUAAAGGAACUUGAAGAGCAACGUGAUGCACUCCACAAAGCCUUGAAGCACCUUCUCCAACGACAGGAAAUGCAGCAAAAGGAUUUCCAGAAGCGCAUUAAAGAGCUCGAGAUGGAGCGAGAUGCCGCCCUCAAUCUCACGCCUCGCAGGACUGCUUUCCACCAAGAGGUUUCCCAUCUCAGGGAAGAAGUCAAUUCGCUUCGACGACGAGCUGACGAUGCUCUCGAUCAGAAGUGGCAAUGCGAAAAGGGUCUGGGUGGCUUGCGCAUGGAUCUAGAUCGCGCGCAACAAGAGACAGCCUCCCUGCGUGGCUUGCUCCAGGAUCACGAUAUCACUAUCCCAGAAAUCCGCAUCGAGAACGAGCCUAUGUCCGUCUCCCUAGACAAGGCUCUGGGAGAACUCCAGACUACUCAUGCACUUUCCAUUGCUCGCAUCAGACAGAUGGACUCGCAAGACUCCUUGGAUAAUGCCGGUGCCGAGGCAGAGCGAACAUUGGCAUUGUUGAAGCAGAGCAUCUCCGAUGCAGAGACUGAGCGCGACAUGGCUCAGAAGGAAGCAGAGCAAUACAGACAGCAGGCUCGUGCUUUGCAAAGGUCCGAACUCCAACAUCUUGGCAAAGAGCAGAAACUCAGCACCGAGCUGUUGGCGGCUGCAACCCGCAUGGACGAACUUUCAGAGAGAAUUCAAGAGCAGCUUCUGUCGAAUAGCUCUCUUCGCACCCGACUCACCGAGGCGAUCACUCGUGGUGAGAAAGAACAGUUCACGUCCACAGAGAAGAUCAUCGAGCUUGAACGAAGGCUCAAGUCCGCUGAGGAUAGUGUCCUCAUGGCACAACAAUCUUCGGAAGAGGCUAUUUCCAAGCACGAGGAGGAGGUACAGGCUCUACGAGAGAGCCAUAACAGCCUACUCCACCGAGCCAAGAAUGGAUUGCUCAGCCCUCGACUGUCGCCAAACUCGCCGACCUCCCCAGUAUUUAGUCAGAGGUCGCCGCGCCUUGAUCAGACGACCACUGGACCGGCCAUGUCGAUGGCCGAGGCCACCCGUACGGAGCUUCUCGAGAAGCGGGUCGGUGAACUCGAGAAGGCGCUGCGCGACGCUGACCACGAGAUGGAGGAAGUGGUCGGUCGCAUGAACAUGGCCCAGAUCGAGGUUGCCGACCUCCAAUUCGAAAGGGACGAGGCCAUGAGGAAAACCAGAAAACUCCAAGCCGAUAUCGUGACCGAACGCGAAAAGGUCAAGGCUCUGAUGGAGCAGAGCCCUAAUGCAAUUAAUGCCUAGACGACUCGCAGAGCUGAUCGUUUGACACGACACCACAAAACCUUCUAUUCAACCCCCACAAUGUUUAUUCGUAAUCCUGAGCCGUUCGGAAGGACGAAUGCUCGGGCAUCUGGCGUUUCUUGGAUUGAAAAUCAGCAUUUACACGGGAGCAACGAGAUACUUCUUUCCACUGCCCAACUCUCCUGCAGGCAACCAAUCUCAUA